AUGAUUGCUAAUAUACAAUGGCUGGCACAAAACUGGGAGAAUUUGGGUAAUAUGUUCCUCCAUCAAUUCAAAGAUCAGAAGUUUUUUCUGGCCGCUUUGAAAGGGUUCCGCAACGGCUUAGUGUGAGUACGUUGAAAGGAAUAAAACCAAUUUACAUCCUUUCUUUAGAUAUGGAGCUCGUAUCCGUGCGCCUCAUGCACUGGUUAUGGUUUUUCUGUUCGGCGAGGGAACGUUAGUUUAUUUUUGAUGUGUCCAACAAAAAACUGAAAAUUUGUGAAAGUUGAAAUUAAAUUGGUUCAGGUUCUUUGAAAAGCUGCUAACGAUUUAUCGCCUAACAAAAACACACGCAAUAAACUUGGCGAAAUUCGUUUUCUCCUACAAAUUUCUGCAGGGAUUAUUGGGAAAAAUGGAAGGUCGUUUUUUGAACUAAAGAAAAAAGAACUUUCGAUCUGGCUCAGGUGGAAGACGCGAAUGGCACUCGUUUGCUGCGGCUUUCCUCAUGGGCUAUAUGGUUUUUGGCGAGAACAAUGCUGUUAAUAUGCAGGUACAUGAAAGAAAGAAUUUAGAAACUGAAUAAAAUUGAAGAUAAACUUGUACCUUCUUUCUCGAGUCGUCGUAGGCCUCGUGAAGUUGGCCGCCGACCAACAAGUUAUUCCACAGCCCGGUGAGUUUUUCAAGAUUGGAAAAGUUUACUUUUUUCUGUUUUCUUGAUUCUACAUGACCACUUUGAGAUGUAAAAAUAAAACGUUUUGCAGAUUUCCCAGUGUUUCCUUGGUUCGCAGCGACUGUCUGGGGCCUCGUUCUCUGGAUGUUCGAGUACCAUACUGGGGUCCUGCAAGGAUCUCUACAGAAGAGCAUGACUUAUCUCUACCACGACUCCAACUUUUGGUCUGACAUCCGGACAUUCGUCUUCCGAAAUAAAUGA